ACACGACCACUCUUUCUAAAAAGGUCGUAAGUCAGCGUCCCCGUCUUCUUCACUUCACCCAGCUGCGGGAGUCGAGAGGCACCAAAUCUUUCACACCACAAAAUCCAGACAGAGAAACCGAUCGAAAAACUGUAAAUCAUGUCCGGCGGUAUAGCUCGUGGCCGUCUCACCGAGGAACGGAAAGCAUGGCGAAAGAAUCAUCCUCAUGGAUUUGUUGCUAAGCCGGAAUCGCUUCCCGAUGGUACGGUCAAUUUGAUGGUUUGGCAGUGUACUAUCCCCGGUAAGGUUGGGACUGAUUGGGAAGGCGGUUAUUACCCCCUCACUCUUCAUUUCACCGAAGAUUAUCCGAGCAAGCCACCAAAGUGCAAGUUCCCCCAAGGGUUCUUCCAUCCAAAUGUUUACCCAUCUGGAACCGUUUGUCUGUCAAUCCUGAAUGAAGACAGUGGUUGGAGACCAGCAAUAACAGUCAAGCAAAUUCUAGUUGGUAUCCAGGAUUUGUUGGACUCACCCAACCCUGCUGAUCCUGCUCAAACCGAUGGUUAUCAUCUCUUCAUUCAGGAUACUGUGGAGUACAAGAAAAGAGUCCGCCAGCAAGCAAAGCUAUAUCCUCCUCUUGUCUAGAUGCAAUCCAUGGUUUCCUAGUUUCAUGUAGAUUGACAUCUCAAGGAACGUUACAUGAUUCUCUUAGCCCUCGGUUUCUUUUCUGUUGAUAUUUGAUAAGAUCGUGAUCUGCUGGUUCGUCGAUUAUUGUUAUAUAGAAGGCAAAACCUUCUUUUCAUUGUUGAUGGUUAUCUAUUUCUGGUUAAACAUAUUUCAUGGGUUCUCCAGUUACUACUUAUUAGCCGUUUGAAUGGAUUUACAAAACGAGAUUUGGAUCGUAGAC